GUCUUUGAUAGAUUUCACGAAUUUGAUAAACAGAAAAAUCUUUUUAUCUCGUUCGACUUGAUAAAUUUUUUUGCACGUGCUGCCGUUCUAUUCCGUCGACAGUUUUCUUUUUUUCCUCUACAAUUUUUACCUGUAAAAAUUGUCAAGAAACAAUAAAAGUCUAGAAAAUUUGAACAUGAACGUACCCCAAAAUCCAAUGUCAGUAGAAGACAAACAUUUAAGCGUCACUAAAGAAGGGGACCCUUUUGAUGCAAAGUCUAAAUCAGACAUGCAAGAAAUGACUAAGAAUUUAAUUACCAAUGAGUGGAAAUCAGAUAAAUCAGAGUCUAAAUCAGAAAACGAAUUUUCUACAGUGGCAUCUUCGAUGGACCCAAAAGAGAAUGAAACGAAUGGGUUCAAUACCCAGAGCAAUAGCAAUAGUAAGAAUACCAAUAUUAAUACAUUGGACCAAAACAAAUAUGACGCUAGCAUAGAUGAAAGGCUACCAGAAACCGUGACAUUGCUCACCACACCAGAAGGAGCAAAAUUAUAUUUGGUGGGAACAGCACACUUCAGUGUCGAGAGCCAGAACGAUGUCUCAAUGAUAAUUCAAGCUGUACAGCCACACAUAGUUGCGGUCGAAUUGUGCAAAUCCAGAGUGAGCGUGUUGGAGUACAACGAGGAUGACCUGUACCAAUAUGCCAAUAGCCUAACUUACGAACACAUUAUUCAAACGAUAAAAGAAUAUGGAACUUCCAAUGGAUUGUUGCGUAUCUUGUUGUUAAGAAUGUUGAGCCACGUUACCAAGGAUCUUGGUAUGGCACCCGGCGGUGAAUUUCGUACUGCAUUUCAAGAGGCAAAAAAGAUUCCAAAUUGCGUCGUCCAAUUGUCGGACAGGCCAAUCAAAACGACAAUUCAACGCGUAGUGAAAUUGUUGUCUUGGUGGCAAAUUAUAAAGCUUACGUGGCAAUUGAUACGUAUAGAUGGCCACAUUAAUAAGGAAUUCGUCGAAACUUGUAAGCAACGAGGCGUAGUAAGCGAUUUUAUUAGCAAACUAAAAGAAGAGUUCCCAGCGGUUGAGCAAGUGUUCGUGACAGAAAGGGACUUGUGUCUCACGUACUCUCUUCAAGAAGCGUGUCUGCCUAAACUUACCGCGAAUGGGAUAAUACAACCUCGAGUUGUGGGAGUCGUUGGAAUAGGCCACACUUCGGGAAUUAUGGAACAUUGGGGAAAAGUGAAGCAAUCAGAUAUACCACCCCUCAUGAGCGUGCCUCCUCAAGCGUUGUCGACCAAGAUAUUACAGUUUACUACCAAAGUCUCGUUAUUGAGCGUGGUUAUCUACGUGGGAUAUAAAAUUUUACAUUGAAGGAGCUGAAACUAGUACAGCACGUCCUCAUCGAAAACAAAAUUUGCCCUUUAUUUUCUGCUGCCCGUCCCUAAAGAGUCUUUCAAAGAUUUUGGGGUUCUUCGUUGACGUAAAAGUUUGGUAACCAUGGAAGCAACUGCUC